CACCGGCUCAAGAUCUACGGCUUGAAAUGGAGUGAGCUGGGUGCGAACUGGAUAGACAUGGUGUGCUUGCCAUAGGUAGUGGUUCUCUUUCAUUUCUUUUUUCCAUCGUAUAGACUCAUUCUUCAAAAGGAUGAGAGAAAAGUAAGUAAGUACGCCCUAUUCGGCGAUACACUUCGUGAAAAUGUAGGUAACCCAAUACUGGAAUGAAGUAAUUACUGCUGUUCAAGCCUGGUAGCUAACGUCCGCUGAUCUUACCGAAGAGACGCACAUCCCGCAUUCCCGUCUGCCACCAGGAAGGGUUUGGCAUCUCGGGGUAGCUAGUUAGCUAAUUGACUUGAUUUGGCACUGGAAAAUACAUCCCCGCUUGGUGUUAACGUGGUCAUAUCACUACCUAGCUAGCAGUGUUGCUAAAUAGUCUUCAUAGUAUGGCUCGAAGUAGGUGCAUAGCUCCUCUACCAGUCUGUACCUGGUACACCUGGGACGUUUAAAUAGUCAGGUGCUUCUUGGUGUUUUAUUAUAGGGCUAUUUUAAAUGAUGUUUGUUUUUUUAAAGUCUGACUUCAUGACAGCUAACGUUUCGGUAAUAUGUUAGCUUACCGAAUCGUGAAUAAGGUUCUGGUUCUUUGCAAGGAACGUCAUGUUAUGCUACUAACAAGAGAGUAACGUAUAGCUUUAAAAUGGUGGCUAAUAUAUAUAUUACUACGCUCAGUAAUCCUAUACUGUCGUGUCAUUUAGGUUCAAAAUGCCGGCGAGUCCCAGAGAUUUGCUGAAAGUCCACUAGGUGUUACCUGAGACCCACCGACACGGUUUCGAUGUUGACGCAAGCUCUCUGACCUUUUCUGGUUUAAAGGUGUCAUCCGGCCUCCUGUUACGCUCUAGUGGGUCGGGUUCGCUAGCUACGGCCACCUGCAAUUUUUGUGCCACUUCAUUUGGGGACAUUUUUAUGUUUUUGUUGGAAUUUCCCUCGAUCCCAACGAAUGAAGUCCAAGUCAGUGUUAAUCUGAAUAUUGCGUCCGUAAACGAAGCCGUACCCAUCAUUUCCGUCCAUUAAAUGCAGCAGUGGCUAAGUGAGCAGAAUUGUGUGCAACAUACCGUCUCCCGUCUGCAGGUGGUAGCAUUGCUCUAUCGUUAUAGGCCUGGUACUAAACGUUAAAAAGCCAUUUGUGACUUCACGGCUUUCUAGAUGAGAGGUUAUUUGAUAAUGUGGCAGGGCCUGGAGCUUGUAGUGGUUCCCGACCACAGAGACCAGAAUAAGCUACCACAGGAAAUAAACAGUUUUCUUUAAGAAGUUGGCUGUUUUUAAGGCCUUUACCAUACAAACCAGCACGCUUGCAAGGGUUGUCCACAUUGCCUUCUCUGCACUGGGGUCCCCAGGACCGGAUUGGGAAAUACUGCUCUAGGUUAUCCUCUAAAAGACAGGGUAUCCAGUUUGUAAGAAGGGGCUUCUUUUGUUCAGCGCACCACAAUGGAGAAGCCGUGGAGGCUGUGGGUGGUGGUGCAGAGGUGGCUCCUGGCCAUGGGCUCCUGGUCCUGGAGCGUGUGUCGGGUCUCUCUCCUGGCCCUCAUCCUCACCUUCCAUCUGUACGGCGGUUUCCUGCUGCUGGCGCUCAUCUUGGUGUCCGUGGCCGGUAUCCUCUACAAGUUUCAGGACGUGCUUCUCUACUUCCCCGAUCAGCCCUCCUCAUCACGCCUCUACGUCCCCGUGCCUACAGGGGUCCCGCACGAAAACAUCUUCAUCAGGACCAGGGACGGCGUGCGUCUCAAUCUCAUCCUGCUGCGGUACGUGGGCGAGAACCCCAGCCUGGCGCCCACCAUCAUUUAUUUCCACGGCAAUGCCGGCAACAUUGGACACCGCAUUCCCAAUGCGCUGCUGAUGUUGGUGCACCUGAAGGUGAACGUGGUGUUGUUGGACUAUCGGGGCUAUGGGAAGAGCGAAGGUGAGCCCAGCGAGGAGGGCCUGUAUCUGGAUGCGGAGGCCGCUCUCGAUCAUGUCAUGACGAGGCCGGACAUCGACAAGACAAAGAUCAUCCUGUUCGGGCGCUCGCUGGGGGGAGCUGUGGCUGUGCACCUGGCCUCGGGGAAUCCCCACCGUGUGGCGGCCAUCAUAGUGGAGAACACCUUCUUGAGCAUCCCUCAUAUGGCCAGUACCCUCUUCUCCUUCCUCCCCAUGAGGUACCUUCCGCUGUGCUGCUAUAAGAACAAGUUCCUGUCGUACCGGCAGAUCGCACAGUGCCGGGUGCCUUCGCUCUUCAUCUCGGGGCUAUCUGACCAGCUCAUCCCACCAGUCAUGAUGAAGCAGCUGUACGAGUUGUCGCCCUCUCGGACCAAAAGACUGGCUGUCUUCCCGGACGGCACGCACAAUGACACGUGGCAGUGCCAGGGCUACUUCGCUGCCCUUGAGCAGUUCAUUAAGGACCUCCUGAAGAGUCAUGCUCAGGAGGAAACCGUCCAAUCCGGGGCCAGCGUGACCAUCAUUUAAGCCCCUCCGCUGCCCACCUGGUCUUGUUAGGUGAGGGUGAGCGGUGACAGAAUGUGCAUUUCUUAUGUUUUAUUAUUAUUAUUAUUAUUAUUCACUUUACAUUUGUAAAAUUGCAUCUGAAUUAUGGUGACCCAGGUGUGGAAAUAAAACGUACCCAGAGACUGUCAGAAUUUUAUGGAUGCAUGCUAAACUACUUUAAUUAAUUUAGGCCUUAACUCAUUUGUACAACCAGAAGAGAGACACAUUUCAUUCCAGAGUGUUUUAUACCAAGUCUUCACUAUUCUUCUAAUUUAUGGAGCCAUUUCUAGAAGUACAGGUAGUCAUCACAUGUACAGUAGCAGGCUGUGCUGGUGCUUUUCUGGAACUUAGGUGAGAAAACAGUGGAAACGACACCUCGUUCGGUUGGCUACAGGAAACUCGGUGCGGCUUAGCCCUGCCGCUUUUCACACGAGCGGUCCCCAUUCUUAGCUGCGCGGUUGCGGUCUCAGGCUCGAAGUACGGGAGCCAAUCCGAGGUCGUUGACAUGCCUGCUGUGUCAGCACACUGGGGUACAUUGCACUGUAACUGUAGAUUUUUUUUAAGAGAGCGCAGCAAUUGUAUUGUAGCCACACAUCUAAGGCCGGUGCAGUUCAUAUUCAAAUAUUCCUCUAUUUUUUUCAUGAAUGCUUUGUUUUUCCCCCCAAUUGUUUAUUUUUAUUUUUUAAGUCCCUCAACUUCACCUUUUUUUUUUUUUUUUUUUUAAUAAAUGGAGCGACUGUUUAGAUGGAACAUCCUGGUGAGCUGAUUAUCUGCACGUCUUCCAGGGAUUACAUCCGUAUGAAAUGGAAUAUCUGAACGUUCCUUAAAUAAUUUCCAAGCCAUUUACACAUUACAUAUGGUUUUAUGCAAUAUGUCCAUUGUAUCACAUUUCAGUUAAAUGGAUUUUGUCUGUGUGUGUGUGUGUGUGUGUGUGUGUGUGUCUGCCUUCAGGUUACAGGUGCUUUGCACUCAAUGUUCAACCCCCCCCCCCCCAUUAUUCUAUUACAUAUAUUUAAUUGAAGCAAAUCACGACACACUGCAGCCAAUCAUUAUUCCAUCAUUCAACCAUAUACUUUAGGCACUAGUGGUUAAGUUCCAAAUGGUUGGGUUUUACGGUUAAAUUAUACCUUCUUGGAUCUCAUUGCAUCCCGAGUGACUGGCUUUACUGGUUUAAUUUGUUGACCUGUUUUACCUUUUGGCCUAUUUUAGCACUUAGAUUACAAAUGAAAGUGAUGUGAUUGAAGCAUAUCAAUUAAAGCAUAUCAAUUAAGUUUUACGAGUAAUAGAAUCCUAUGUUAAUUGCCUGAAAGUUUCUAUAGAUGUUCAUUGCUAGAUGUUCAUAAACAAAGUUAGCAUUCGUGCAGGUAUAAUUCAGAUAUUACUGAAGGCCUUAUUGAUUUUCUAAUACUUAAUUUGUUUUAAGGAUUUAAAAACGAGUCUCUAACAUGAGAAUAGGACUGUAUACAUACCCGCACUCAAAACAAUGUGCCAUGGUUCAUUGAAUGUUUAUAGAAAUCCAAUGUGUAUUCUUGGUUUUGCUCUUUUGCAGUGCUGAAAUGGUUGGAUAUCGAUAUUAUUUAUAAGAAGGCAUGGAUUGUGGAUGGCUUGUCAUCCCUUUGUAUAACAACAUUGAAAGGUCUUUCUUCACACUUAUUGUAUCAGAGUGUGAGAAUUUUAAUUUUUUUAGAUACAGUCACAGUUUCUAUUUUAUUUACUGUUACAUGCAAUAAAUUGAAAUUAAGGUUCAGCGACUUGUCUAGUGUUUGGCUUCUGUAAGAAUUUGUUAAAUGUUGGGGAAAUCUUUCCAAGUCCUGUGUAAAAGGGUAAUUGAACUUGCAGCGAAAUAAAGGAUAACGUGAUUGCCAUUAA